GGGGAGGGGGGGACACGGGGACCACGGCCGCUGAGCACCGCUGCUGCCCUGCCGCAUCCCGCUGCCGGUGCUUCUGAGGGGCCACACCAGCAGAGAGGACACUGACGGGUGGGGGGCCACAACCAUGGCCAAUUUGACGGCCCUCAUGGGCACUGGGAGGAACUCAUGCACCUUCCAUGAGGAGUUCAAGCAGAUCCUGCUGCCCCUGGUCUACUCAGUGGUGUUCACAGUGGGGUUGCCCUUGAACGCCGUGGUCAUCGGGCAGAUCUGGGUGGCCCGGAAGGCGCUCAGCCGCACCAUGAUCUACAUGCUGAACCUGGCCAUGGCUGACCUGCUCUAUGUCUGCUCCCUCCCACUCCUCAUCUACAACUACACCCAGAAAGAUUAUUGGCCUUUCGGGGACUUCACCUGCAAAUUUGUCCGCUUUCAGUUCUACACCAACCUACACGGCAGCAUCCUCUUCCUCACCUGCAUCAGCGUCCAGCGGUACCUGGGCAUCUGCCACCCCUUGGCCUCGUGGCACAAGAAGAAGGGGAAGAAGCUGACGUGGCUGGUGUGUGCUGCGGUGUGGUUCAUCGUCAUCGCCCAGUGCCUGCCCACCUUCCUCUUCGCUUCCACCGGCACCCAGAGGAACCGGACUGUCUGCUACGACCUGAGCCCCCCGGAUCGCUCCGCCGCCUACUUCCCCUAUGGCAUCACCCUCACCGUCACCGGCUUCCUGCUGCCCUUCGUGGCAAUCCUCGCCUGCUACUGCAACAUGGCCCGGAUCCUGUGCCAGAAGGAUGAGCUGAUUGGCUUGGCAGUGCACAAGAGGAAGGACAAGGCCGUACGUAUGAUCAUCAUCGUGGUCAUUGUCUUCUCCAUUAGUUUCUUCCCCUUCCACCUCACCAAGACCAUCUACCUGAUCGUCCGUUCCUCACCUGUCCUGCCCUGCCCAGACCUCCAGGCGUUUGCCAUCGCCUACAAGUGCACGCGUCCCUUCGCCAGCAUGAACAGCGUCCUCGACCCCAUCCUCUUCUACUUCACCCAACGCAAGUUUCGCGAGAGCACCCGUUACCUCCUCGACAAGAUGAGCUCCAAAUGGCGGCAUGACCAUUGCAUUACCUACGGCUCCUAGGUGAGGACAAGGGCCACCUCGGUGUCACCAGGACCUGGCAUGGAGCAAUUUUGGCUUUAAGCUCCACGGAGCAGAAAUGGCCUCAGCUGAGCAUGUGCCAGAGGACAGGAGAAAGCAUCUCCCAUGCUUUCAGCACUUUCAUCCCAUCUCCAGCCUGCAGCAGUGCAGCAUUAACCCCAUCACGGUGCAGAUCCAGUGUCCUCUCUCCGGCUCUGUUGCUCAGUUUGAGCAGCUUAACACCAAGUUUCCUUGGUGGCCAAGCUACUGAUGCAAUAAAACCCACUGGUGGGAUCAUGGAAAAACAUGGUGGGACCAUGGAGGACACAGUUCUUGGCUCAGAGCAAGCUGCUGGGGGGAAAUUUCCCCCCCUUCUCAUUUCAAGAUUCCCUGAUAGGGCCAUGCAAAGGCCGGGGAGGGUUUAGUUCAGCUCAAACGUGUCUGGGGAACGCAGGACUGUGUGUUUCUUCAGCUCAAAAAUCAGUGUCACGGACCUUUUUUUUGAGUAAUAGUGGGAUAUCCCUAUCCCCUGGUCCCCAGAAUAGAGUCACACCAGUAAGGGACAUGGGCUCA